AUGCUAUUCGCCAACAGGGGUACAUUUAGAAAUCACUCCUUUAACAACAUUGCCGGUUACGUGGACGAUCACCCCGACUUCAAUAACCUGCGCAAAGUUGACUACGAAAACAAAUACACCAACCCCAAUUGGGCCUGUGGGGAGAGCCUAUGGAAAGCUGCGCUGCCUCAUUCGAAUCGGAGUGGGGCAUCGCGGCGGUUGUAUUUUUAA